UUAUUUCCCUUCUCCUAAAGUUUUGACACUUCUUUACCCUGUGGUGUUUUCAUCAGAUUUCAUCGCCUUGUAUUGCCGUUGUUGAAUACUUCGUCCGUUUCCGUCUUUCUUGCGAAUCCACUGUUGGCGGUAGUCUCAUCAAUACUUAGACCCGCUUCUGUGCCUAUCGCCCUUAACUUCCCCCCCCCCCCCCUAGCUUUGCGACGUGGCGCGGUGUGGCGUGGUUUCCGAUCGACUACAACUUUUCGUCUACUCUUCCUUGACCUAAAAACCAAAAAGACCACCUCGAGAAUCUUCGAGAGUCUCCUGAGAUCCUCGAGACGACCGUGCCGUUUUGUUCUUUCCUUCCCUUUCUUUCUAGUCGUAUUUUAACAAGAUGCCUUCACGCACACUACCCACCUUUACGCUUGCCGAGGUUGCGUCGCAUAAUUCGGACAAGGACUGCUAUGUCACCCUGGGCGACAAUGUCUACGACAUCACCGACUUCGUCGAAGCCCAUCCCGGCGGUCCCGAGCUUGUUCUCGAGUACGCAGGCAAGGACGUCACAAAGAUCUUGAAGGACGAGGACUCCCACACGCACUCCGAAUCGGCAUACGAGAUACUCGAGGAGUCGCUCGUCGGCUUCGUCGUCCCAGAAAAAUCUUUGAACGGGUCUGCGAAUGGACAUGCAAAUGGGUCUGCGAAUGGUGUCAAUGGCAACGGCACUGCCAACGGCGACGGCAACUGGGUCCACCCAAGAACGGGCAUGUCGUGCGCGUCAGACCUGAACAAGGAGACAGAUCCUUCUGAAGAUUUCAAGAAGCACAAGUUCCUCGACCUCAACAAGCCGCUCUUCCCUCAGGUCUGGUUUGGUGGCUUCAGCAAGGAGUUCUACCUCGACCAGAUUCAUCGACCGAGACACUACAAGGGCGGCGAGUCUGCGCCUUUCUUUGGCAACUUCCUGGAGCCCCUGAGCAAGACCCCUUGGUGGAUCAUACCGACCUUGUGGUGGCCCGUCAUCGCCUACGGUCAAUACCUCGCCUCUCAGGGCUUCGAGAACCACUUCUCGCAGUUUCUGUACUCCCUGCUGGGCAUUUUCCUCUGGACGCUCACGGAGUACCUGCUCCACCGAUUUGUGUUCCACCUCGACUACUACUUACCUGACAACCGCGUCGGCAUCACUCUGCACUUCACGCUGCACGGCGUCCACCACUACCUGCCCAUGGACAAGUACCGUCUUGUGAUGCCGCCCACGCUCUUCCUCGUCCUGGCCUUCCCUUUCUACCAUCUCGCGCUCGCCGUCUUCUACUGGGACUGGCAUAUCGCCGUGGCCGUCUAUGCUGGCGGUAUCUUUGGCUACACCUGCUACGACAUGACACACUACUUCCUGCAUCACCAGAAUCUGCCGCUGUGGUACAAGCAGCUCAAGAAGUAUCAUCUCGAGCACCACUUCCUCGACUAUGAGAACGGCUUCGGUGUCACCAGCAAGUUCUGGGACAUGGUUUUUGGCACAGAGAUCAAGCAGCCCUCAGUCAUGAAGACCAAGUGAGAAUCAAGGCCGGCGGUGCUCCGCAGCUGCAGCCAUGACCUGUAACAGAUAGAUAAAUCUGCAUGGGCGGACGUCCCAAUUCAUUUCGUUGUAUAUACUUUUUCGAAAGGCCAGUCCGGGUUGGACAUCCUAUCAGGAGGAAAAAGACGGUGGGUUUGUCUCAGUGAGGGCGCCCCCUUUCUCGAUCGUACAGAACACAGCAAUUAGGCUGUGUCAUGCAUGGUACCAGCGCUGCAGAAGAUCUGGAAAUGCUCACGGGUUUCUGCAAUACAGACGGGCUUCGAAUAGUAAUCUUUAAUCAAUGCAGUCAAGAGAAUAAGAAGACAUGGAAGAG